AUGAGUGAAGUUGAUUUACCAACUUUAGCUAAAACCGGUCGCUCUGCCGCUGAGUCUAAAUCACAGUUUGCUUUGGAGGAAGUGAACCUUGCUCUAAAAGAAUGUGGUUAUGGCUUCUUCCACGUGCGACUGAUGCUCGCGGUAUUUGUGGGACUGGUGAUGGGUGUUAUGAUGGCAUCCAGUUCAUCGUAUAUCUUGUCGGAGGCUGAGUGUGAUUUCGAUUUGGAUCUAGUGGAUAAGGGGGUGUUGAAUGCUAUGCCUUAUUUAGGUAUGUUAACAUCUUCAAUCAUUGCUGGCUUCCUUACGGAUGCGUUUGGAAGGAAGACAUUUGUUGUACUCGGCUGUGGUGGAACGUUCGUCUUCAUGUUUUUAUCUGGACUUAGUCAAACCUACGUAAUGUUGACCAUGGCCAAUUUUAGCGUAGGAGUUUUUUUCGCCGCAGCAUAUAGUUCCAUGUUGACAUUGACAUCUGAGUUCUAUCACGAUGGAGUAAGAGAUCGGAUUAUGCUUAUUACAUCUGCUGCGAUUCCUUUGGGUCAGGUGAUUGUCGCUCUCAUGUCGUGGGGCAUACUCAUUCAAGAUUGGGCAGUUUCAUUCUUUGACGGGGCGUUUGUACUUCAUACUUGGAACUACUAUUACCUGAUUCUAUCUCUUUGGGCAUUGGUUGCUAUGAUCCAAUACAUACUACUGCCAGAGAGUCCAAUGUUCUAUAUUUCCCAGCAAAAGUACGAUGAGGCGAGAGAGGUAUUAAUUAAAGUUUAUAAGGAAAAUACGAGAAAACCAGCUGAAACAUUCAAGUAUAAAGACCUAUGGAAGGACAAACACCUGCUUUUGAAGCGUCAAUCAAUAUCACCAGCGAUUCAACUGUCAAGUGCAUUUCACAACAUCAGGCCAAUGUUCCGCAUGCCACUUCUGGGAUACCUCACUCUAUUUUGCGUGUUGAACUUUACUUCGAUGACAUUAUAUAUAGUACUGAGAAUGUGGUUCCCACAGCUAUCCGCCAUGUUUGAGCAUUAUUCAAGUGGAAGUAGUGAUAUCUGCGUCAUCAUAGAUUCUUACUCCAGAGACUUAAAACUGAAAACUCUUCCUGAAAGAGAUGAAGUUUGCAUACCAGCGCGGAGUGGCGCCGAAUCCUACAUCAAUAGUCUCAUCCUAGGCUCCGUUUGCUGUAUACCACCUAUAAUCAGCGGUGUACUAGUAAACAAAGUCGGUAAACGGAACCUAUAUAUAGUCUGUGGAUUUAUAGCCAUGGCCUUGACUAUAGCAGUGAGAUGGGCCAACUCGAAGGUUGCUAUGGUAGCGCUGUUUUCAACAGACGUCGCCAUAUCAACAUUAAUGGCCAGUUUGACACAGACCAUGGUACUACAACAUUUCCCGACCACCACAAGAUCGUUAGCUGUCGCUAUAGUGAUGACGAUGGGCCGAACUGGCUCUGUAUUUGGAAAUAUAUUGUUUCCAAUACUAUUAGACAUGGGGUGCGCUGUUCCUUUCUUUUCAUUAGCAGCUAUAGUUGGCGCUACGACAGGAUUGGCGUUUUUGAUCUCAUCGAAGAAAGAAUAA